AUGAAGAUGACAAACUACUUCACUGGCUAUUCUUGGCUUGUGACUUUAUCCAUGUUCUGUUUGAUUGCCAGUUCCCAGCUAACUACUGAUUUCUACUUGUCCACAUGCCCAAAUCUUCUCAGAAUCGUACGAAGAGAGGUCCAAAAUGCAAUUAAGUUUGAGAUGAGAAUUGCCGCUUCUUUGAUUCGGCUUCACUUCCAUGACUGCUUUGUCAACGGUUGUGAGGCAUCCAUUUUGUUGGAUGGAAACGAUGGCGAAAAGUUUGCCUUCCCUAACGUGAACUCGGCAAGAGGAUUCGAAGUUGUUGACAAUAUAAAAACUGCCGUGGAGAGCGCAUGUAGCGGCAUAGUAUCAUGUGCCGACAUACUAGCGGUUGCUGCCCGUGAUUCAGUGGUUUUAAGUGGAGGACCUUCUUGGACAGUGGUACUAGGAAGAAGGGAUGGGCUUGUUGCAAACCAAACAGGAGCUAAUAAUGGGCUUCCUUCUCCUUUUGAGCCUAUCAGUAAUAUCACUGCCAAGUUCGUCGCCGUUGGCCUCAACCUCACAGAUGUCGUCGCCUUAUCAGGUGCUCAUACAAUUGGACAAGCAAGGUGUGCUCUCUUCAGCAACAGGUUGUUCAACUUUUCAGGAAAAGGUGUUCCAGACAGUACAAUGGAGACCAACAUGUUUUCUGAUCUGCAGAAGCUCUGCCCCCCGACCGAUGAUGGAAACAAGACGGCGCCUCUCGACCGGAACUCCAUAGACCUAUUUGACAACCAUUACUUCAAGAACUUGCUCAAUGGAAAGGGUCUUCUCUCAUCUGACCAAAUUCUAUUUUCCAGUGAUGAGGCUUUAUCGACGACUAAGAGUUUUGUGCAACGCUAUAGUGAUGAUUCGAAGCUUUUCUUCGAUGACUUUGUUAAUUCCAUGAUCAAGAUGGGUAACAUAAGUCCGUUAACUGGAUCAAGUGGACAGAUUCGGAAGAACUGCAGGGUCAUCAACUCAUAG